CUGUAGUGUGACCUUCGACCUGCCCUCACGGCGGUAUUGGAGUUAAAGCGUGUCGUGUGUACCUGGGGCCAGGCACAUCGCACAACGCUUGACGGAAGCAAGUCAGUAUGGCGAGCAGGGAGAUCUACUUUUGCGUUUUGCUCGCGUUCGCAGGGAUCCUGGUGUCAUGUGACCCGGUCGAACAGGGGGAGCUGCACGUGAUACACAAGCGUCAGGCCCCGGCAGAACGACCCAGCUGCCAGACAGGAGCGGCGGUGCCAGAAACAAGGGUAGACACGACCACCAGAUUGCAGGCCAUCAGAACCCUCUUUCCAGGAGUUCCCGGGGGUGCCAUACACGCUUACAUCGUCCCUAGCGUCGACGCCCAUCAGAGCGAGUACCCGUCCUACUACGACCUCAGGCGGGGCUACAUUUCCGGCUUUGAGGGAUCAGCAGGUACUGCUGUGAUCCUGACCAACAGUGCGGCACUAUGGACAGACGGACGCUACCAUCUGGAGGCGGACGAGAACCUGGACUGCAACUGGACAUUCAUGAAGCAAGGGCUGCCGGGUGUCCCAUCCAUCUCUGACUGGCUGGUGGACCAGCUCAAGACAACCCCUGGGGCCAGGGUCGGUGCGAGCCCCUUCCUCAUGAAUGCCCGCACAUGGAAGUCCUACUCGGAGAAAUUCGCCAAGUCUGGGAUCGCCAUGGUGGAGGUGGCCAAUGACCUCGUUGACCAGAUCUGGACUUCCGGUCGACCUGCGCAGCCCAACACACCAAUCAAUGAACUUCCUAUGGAAUAUGCUGGGAAGUCCUGGGACUCUAAGAUCGGCGACGUCAGAGGCAAAAUGAACGCCAAAGGAGCUGCUGCCUAUAUUGUCACCAGCCUGGACGAGACCGCAUGGCUUUUCAACCUCCGUGCUAGCGACAUCGCCUACAACCCGUUCUUCAUCUCAUAUGCCAUCGUGGAGAGAAACAGAGUCAGACUUUACAUACUGAACCACGCCACCAAGUUGACGCAAGAGCCUACAGAUGCAGCCACGACACGCAAACUGUACGAACACCUCAACACCGGCAUGGGCGGAUCCUGUGCUUCGUCCACGGGGUCCUGUGUGGAGGUUCUUGCCUACACGUCAAAUGGAAUCGUUGCCGCCGUCGCCGACAUCGCCUCUAACAGCAGUAAUAAAGUAUGGGUGUCACUGCUAUGCAACCAGGCUAUAUACAGUGCUAUACCAGAGGCCCAGCGUAUCCAUGGCAAGUCAGCCAUUGCUUUGAUGAAGUCCAAGAAGAACAUCGUCGAGAGGGCCGGGAUGCAGGCAUCACAUAUUCGAGAUGCUGUUGCCCUUAUCAACUUUUUGGAGAGAUUGGAACGAGAGGUGAAGGCAGGACAGCCGUGGACGGAGGUGAAGGCGGCUGUGGAACUGAAGAAAGAGAGAUUCAAGCAGGAAUUGAACCGUGGACUAAGUUUCCCCACCAUAGCCGGAUCAGGAUCUAACGGCGCCAUCAUCCACUACCGCCCCACCAACGUCACAGACAAACAGAUCACCACGUCUGACAUGUUCCUUCUUGACUCGGGCGGGCAAUAUCUGGACGGCACCACCGACGUGACCAGAACGCUUCACUUUGGACAACCUUCAGACUACGAAAAGGAGUGCUACACUCGAGUACUUAUGGGACAUAUCGACCUCGCUCUGCUCAAGUGGCCUAAAGGGCUCUACGGGCGUGAGAUUGAUGCUAUCGCCCGGGCCCCCCUCUGGGAGGCAGGUCUGCGGUACCUGCACGGCACGGGGCACGGGAUCGGGGCCUUCCUCAGCGUCCACGAGGGGCCGGGCAGAAUCUCCCUGUCCCACAACGUCAACCCCAGUGAUGAGGCGUUAGAGGAGCACAUGUAUUUCUCAGAUGAGCCUGGUUACUACGAGGACGGCCAAUUCGGUAUUCGUCUGGAGACCAUUGUCACAAUAGAACUUGCACAGACAGCGCAUCCAUUCCCCAACUCAGUGUUCUUGGGAUUCAAACCCGUCACAUUGGUGCCGUAUGAACCAAAUCUGAUCAAUUUUGACAUGCUUGGGCCAAAACAGAUCAAGUGGCUCAAUGACUACCACAAACGUGUUGAGCAGGAGGUUGGACCAAAGCUGAGUGGAGCUGCACUGCAGUGGGUGAAGGCAAGAACCCUGUCCAUAUCUAACCAGAGUACGAGCUCCGCCACGACGUAUGCUCCCACUGCGCUGCUCAUGAUGGGGGCUGCCGUAUUGUCGGUGAUGUCAUUGCGAUGAAUCCAGUCAUUUUCAGUUUGAAGAUAGUUUGCCCUGGUUAUUUAGAAUAUUUUGAUUUCGUUAACCGCGAUUCUCAUGAUAUACAUACUAGUAUCACUUUCUUAGACUAGCUGAACGCUGUAAGCCACUCACACGUUCAUCCCCGUCCCCGUCGUGUGCCGGUGACAGUGGAGGGUCCCAGGAGGUGUGAACGCGGAUGCCGCCUAUAUACGGUCCGCCUGUAUACGGUCGGGGUGAAACCAAGACAUGUAAACAUGCUAUUUCUGUAAGUUACGAGUAAAUGCUGUCAACUGGUAGUAUUGGGUUCAAAUUCAGAUUUCAAAAUAAAUUUCAAUAAUUUUUUUCAUUUUUUAUACUGGGAAUUAUGACCCGGUCCUACUAUAAAAUCUAAUACUCGUAGUUGUUUGUUUGUUUAACGCCGCACUCAGCAAUAUUCCAGCUAUAUGACAGCGGUCUGUAAAUAAUCGAGUCUGGACCAGACAAUCCAUUAAUUGACAUCAUAAGCAUCGAUCCACGCAAUUGGGAUACGAUGACAUGCAUCAACCAAAUCAGCGAGCCUGACCACCCGAUCCCGUUAGUCGGCUCUUACGACAAGCAUAGUCGCCUUUUACGGCAAGCAUGGGUUGCUGAAGACAUAUUCUACCCCGGAUCUUCACGGGUCCCUGAUACUCGUAUUCUCGCGAUCGUCCUAAUUAUGUACACCUUUACUCCGCCGUUGUAGAUAUACGAUGACGUGUCGUGCAGUAGCUUACCAGUUUCUUGUUUUCGAUUGUACGAACAUAUAUGCUACUGUUUGCAGUAUUAACAAUAAAUGCCCCAAUAUUUAAGGGAUCCUCUUUAAUUAUUGGAGAAGUAUUUAGACAUGUUGAAGAUGUUUGUUUAAAAAUAAAAUAAAAUAAAUCUAGACUAGUUUAAAUAUGAUAGUAAGUAAAAUAAUAGGAAUCCACUUGUGCCUUACGUUCAUUUCCUGCUUAAACAAGUAUGCAAUUUUACCUCUUUGCCUUUGACUUCAUAUCAUGCACCACUACAAUGUCUUCAUUUCGCCAUGAUAUAGGGUAUUAUGGCAUAGGCUGACCACAGUCGAACUUUGGUUACUGUUCGGGCGUACAUCAAGUACCUUUGAAAUUAUCAGAGAAUACCGGCUUGACAUUAAUGACACGGUGACACAAUGGCAUAAUGAUACACCUAUGAGCUGCAAUAACCUAUCUGGAAAGAAUAAUAUGACGGCAUUUGUUCGAGUAGUUACAUACCCUAGAUCUAUAACAUUGUCACAAUGAAUCUUUACGGGGUCGCCACGAACAAGAACCUUUAUUGAAUAAAAUCUCAAACUCAGCUUUAUUUUAAUAGAUUUGCUUAGGUAUAUUAAAUUCUUCGUUGAAUCCCACGUACAUCUUCUUAACUCUACCUACAAGGUUCCAAAGAGUGUUUUAAUUACUGUUGCCUUGCAAUAUACAACCAUGAGACGUGUGUGGAAUAAUCAGAAGGCUGCUGUAUGUGGUGUACAUUCAUACCAGAUUGUUGUAGAAUGUUGUUUAUAUUUGUGAAUUCUAAACAGAAACGGUAUAAUUUGUAUGAUUCCAUGUUUAUUUUUGUAUGGAAAUCUUGUAUUGAAUAAAAACUUUAUGCCUGUU